UUAUUCAAGGUUAAGUAUCGUCAUAAAGCUAUGUCAGGUCAGGAUUUACAACAUGCAGGAACUGAUAGGGAGAUCAAUGUCGACCAAGAAAAUGAGAAUCUACUAACAGAAAUUGAACAACUAUGUAGUCGGACAAAUAGAAGCGUGGAAAAUAUAUUGUUGAUAGGAAAGGUUGGUGCUGGCAAGAGUUCCUUAAUCAAUACUAUAGGAAAGGCAUUUUCCGGGAAAUACAUUUCCAGAGCCGAAGCUGGUAAAGGGUCGUCUUCAUCGAAGACAAAAACUUUAGGAAGGUUCGAGAGUGUUGGUGUAGCAGAGGAUGACAUUAUAGAUGGCAGACGGCGGGUCAAGGUCAUUUUACCUAGGCUGCCAACGGUUUAUGAUUUUCCUGGACUAGAAGACACAGAUGACAAACGUUUACAGGAACUGCUUGAACUGGUAUUAGGAGGUUAUAUACCUCCUGGAAAAAGUCUAGGAGCAUUAAAACAAUUGCAAAAAGAGUAUCGAUUAGGUAGUCUAAAAGAGAGUAUUUUCACAGACUCUAGACAAGAGUGGAAAAUCACUACCAUAUUGUUUGUACAUAGCUGCCGCGAACCCGCACCAAAGAAGUUGAUUGCAUGUCUUCAUGAAGUCCUCACAAAAGCCGACCCCAAGUCAGCACAACUCUUGUACUCGGGAAAUGUGCAUGUCGUAAUGACGAAGUACGACCUGGUAAAACGGCAACACGAAUAUGAUAGUGAAAACAGCGAAACAAUAACGGAAGAUGAUUACAUGGCAAUAGAAAAAGAAAUAGUUCAGCUAUUCAGUAUUGAUGGAAAUCGGAAUGAUCACCUUACCAGAUGGACAAGCUAUUCAGACAGUAUAAACCCUGAAUGUCAUAAUCCAGCUAUAGAGCAUUGUGCUCUGAAGUUUAUAAAAUUAAUCAUGACACCUGGCACUGCCCCGGAUGUAGACAUGGUUCCAGUGUUAACAAUAAAGAGUAAAAUAGACAUGGCAAUAAGAGCAUGGUACAGAAAUAACAGUUGUAUGUCAACACAGAUUAUUUUUAUGGUUAUUGUAUUUUGUCUGUUGCCAUUUUUUACUUAUCUCUUAAAUAAGGGAAAUGGUAAAACUAGUGUUUAAAAUGGGUAAAAUAGGGUAACAUUUUUAUACCCAUGUUAAACAUGCUUAUGUGAUUAGGUAGUUGAAUGAUAUAAAUUGUUUCUUACACUUAUCAAUAGGAAACUAUUUUUCAUACGGUUGAUAUUAUAGAUUAAUCAAAAUGUGCUCUUCUAUAAAAAAAAUGCUCGUCUAUUAUUCUAGCUUUAAUUAAGAAAAUUGUUCACUCCUCGUAAAUCGUUCGUAAAUUUUGUUUCAAUUUUGCAUAUAUAGAUGUCAGGCAAGUAAUUGAACUAUUUUCACUUUUUCAGUACCUUAUAAACCAUGACAAAAAUAAAAAGCUUUUGAGUAUAAAAGAAAACAUUUCUCGGACACAUUAGAACUCUAUCUGAUACAUUUUGAUUUAAUAUUGUCUACCGGUUUCAGCAGAAAAAAUAAAAUCUAUGGAUAAUGUAUAUGAAUUACAGAAAAGGAACAUUUAAUGCACUGUGCCCCGGCCAUGAACACGUUCUCCAAUUAAGCAUGCUCCAUCCUUUUGAAUAAAAUAUUCUUGAUAAAAAAUCUAAAUUUGGUUUUCGAAACUUGACAAUUAAUUGGCUAUCAAAUGAUAUCUUAUCUUAAAUCAUAUCACAUUAUUUACGCCAACCUGCUAGCGGCAUUGAUUUAAAAGGGUACAAUAAACUAUUAUGGCAUUUAUUUGGUGCUUUUGUUGGUUCUACCUUUGGAUAUGGAUCUGAAAUUUGGGUUAUAGACAGUCUUAGAAAUUUAGAAUUUUGCAAAUGUAUUAAAUGUAACAACGAGUCUUGCUGAUGCUCGAGGAAUAAAGAAAAUAUCUGUUUUACAGACAGUGUCGAUGUGUCAGAAUUAAUAUAAAUACAGUGUAUAAAUGAUAGUGUAGCUAAUUGUAACAGAGAAGGUGAAAAUGGGUUUCAAGUACUUUCUAACAGGAAUGUUUGCCCUUUUAACACUCUUUUUUAUCUUUUGUUUAAAGCUUUCCAAGCAUUUGCAUAUAAAUGCUUAGUGUAAAACAACACAGAAUUGUUAUUUCAACAGAAAAUAAAACACUGAAUGUCGCAUAAACAAUAAUAAUGUGUUAUUAAGCUUAUAGAAUAAUUCAUAUUAUGCAUACAGUAUUCAGUAUGUACCUUUUUUACAAUAAAUAUAACAUUCCUUGUGGAUUGCUGUAACAUUUAAGAUUUAGAGAAUAAACAUCAUCUUUCUUAUUCAUAUUUUCAAAAGUGAUUAUUGUAAUAGACCAUUGAUUUUAUGUAUUUAGUUAGUUUGUAUUCGUAAUAGAUAUAUUUGAAUCAAUGUAAGAAAAUAUAUAAAGGAAGCUUUUAAACUUAAAAUAUCAUUUAUUUAAACUCUCAAAUGUAGUUUGUCCUUAUAGAAAAUGUGUACCUUUUAAUUGCAAGCUUAAUAUAUAUAAACUUUUAAACUAAUAUUUUUAUUUGGAUAGUUACAGAAACAAUGACUUAAAAAACAUGUUUUAAACUUCGGCCUGUUUAAAUGCAAUGAAUACAAUUUUGUUAUUUGUUCCUUUCUGAAAUAAACCUGAAAUAAACUUGUAAUAUAUGUGUGUCUUUGUGCU